AUGUGGGUGAAUCGCAUUUCAAGGUCUGGGUUGCUGUGUGUUACUCUAUUUCUUGCCAUUGCCAAGCACAAGCCAUCUCAAUCUUCCUUCACCAAAAGUUGUCACUCCAGGGAGUCACUGUCCCAAGCUGUGGACACACUCUAUGUCACAGCAGACAGGCUAAAGGCGGCGAUUCCAGAAGAUCGCAUAAAAAAUGUACGAUUAUUAAAAAAGAAAACAAAGAAGCUAUUUAUGAAAAGCUGCAGAUUCCAGGAACAGCUUCUUUCCUUCUUUAUGGAAGAUGUGCUUGAUCAACUCCAAUUACAAAUUUUCAAGGAUAUACACUUUGUAGAAGACUUUCAUAGCUUGAGGCAGAAAUUGAGGCGCUGUAUUUCCUGUGUUUCAUCAAGAAGAGAGAUGAAAUCUAUUACCAGGAUGAAAAGAACAUUUUACAGGAUUGGAUACAAAGGAAUCUACAAAGCCAUCAGUGAAUUGGAUAUUCUUCUGUCCUGGAUUAAAGAACUCUUAGAGAAUAUUUCAUAAAUCAAGAAGCC